UUCAGUUUGUUUUGACCGCGCAACACGCUCAGGUGUUAAGCGUUUGGGUCCCCCAGCUUGACAAAUCGGUCCGGAAUAAAAAUAUACACAAAUCUGAAAUAUUUACACCUGAGCUUAACUCAACGUUGCACGCUCUCCCAAUCGCAUAAUAAACAAGGCGAAAGAAAGCAAGGCAAAACAAGAAGACCAAUAAAUGUCCAAUUAUAAACGUUUUUUGUUUGUCCGUGAUUUUGAAAGGUUUUGUACCACUUAGCACUCGAUAAAUAAUUAUAGUGAUCAACAAUGAUGGUGCCUAACUAAGUGAAAAAAGCCAUAGUUUGAUCGGAAUAUACAUUCAUAAGCACAUAAGGCAAGCAGUCACUUGAGCAAACAAAAGGGUGCAUUAAGUAUACGCCACGCAUCAAGUAUACGACGCGAUGUCCAAUGGCAAGGCUGCUGCCGCAGCUGGCGGCACAGCUGAGAAAAACGGCUCUCUGAACGAUCGGCCAUUGUUCAUGCAAAAUGGCAAUGGGGCACGAGUUGCAACCGCUGACGUGGAAGUCAGCAACUUCCGACGCGCCCUUCCACAGUUUUUAGCUGUUAGUAUUAAGAACAUAUUGCUAUUCGGGUAUGGCAUGACCUUGGGCUUCCCCACCAUCGUGAUACCCGCCAUUCAAGGUGGUGAAGGACGCAGCGAGACCAGCGGCGACAUAGUCCUCAACAAGGACGAGAUCUCUUGGUUCAGUUCCAUUAACCUGAUUUGCGUGCCUCUGGGAUGCCUAUUCUCCGGACUUCUCACUCAACCACUGGGAAAACGACGAGCCAUGCAGUUUGUCAACCUGCCGAUUCUGGCCGCCUGGCUGAUGUUUCACUUCGCGACGCGCACGGAGCACCUGUAUGCGGCUUUAUGCUUGGCUGGUCUUGGGGGCGGAUUGAUGGAGGCGCCGGUGCUCACCUAUGUGGCCGAAAUCACGGAGCCCAAGUACCGCGGCAUUCUGUCCGCACUGGGAACCACCUGUGUAAUCACCGGCGUUUUCAUCCAGUUCAUCCUGGGGUCUCUGAUGGACUGGCGCAGUGUGGCGGCGGUGAGUUCGGCCUUUCCGGUGAUCACCAUCAUUAUGCUGUGCUUUGUGCCCGAGAGUCCGGUUUGGUUGAUCCGGGAGCAGCGUUUCCGGGAGGCGGUGAAGUCCCUGCAGUGGCUGCGUGGCUGGGUGCCGGAGCACAUGAUCGAGGCAGAGUUCAAUCAGCUGUACGACGAACUGAUCACCCAGAAGGCCAUUGAGCUGGCCGCGGAUGGGGCUCCUCUGCCGGGUCAACGACGCACGAUUGGCCAACGCCUGAGGAUGUGGAGGAAACGUAGCUUCUUGGUGCCAUUCCUUCUCGUGUCCUUCGCCUUCUUCACCGGACACUUUUCCGGCAAGACACCGCUGCAAACAUAUGCGGUGCAGAUUUUUCACACCCUCAAGGCUCCGAUGAACAAGUACCAUGCCACCAUUCUCUUGGGAGUCGCUGAGAUGCUGGCCACCAUCUUGGGUGUGGUGCUAAUCCAUUUUACGGGAAAAAGACCCCUGGUUUUGGUUUCAACAGUUGGCACUGGUCUUUGCUUCUUCGGCACGGCCACCUAUGCCCAUUUCCUUAGCGAAGUUCCGGGUUUUACGGUCAACAAUGUAGUGGUCAAUGCCUCCUCGAUUGUGCCGAAGGAGGGCAUCCUCUCGCAGGCGAACAUCUCCAGGAUAUUUGAGACAGAACAGCAGGCCAUCAGGCAGGAAGCGGAACACUUUACUACCCUGCUGCCGGAAAUGGAGACAACCACGACAAUGUUCGAACCGGAAACUACUUAUAAUCGCAGUAAAAGGGAGGUUGAUGACAUGAUGACCACCGAUGCCUUCAUGGAGACUACAAUGUUUCCGGAGUUAGCAAGCAGUACAGCCUCGUCAUCCUUGGCCCCACCUUCCACUUCGGCAAAGCCAGCCAUUGCGGAGGAUCUUCUGCUGGUGGUGCCAAAACAGGAACACAACUACCUGGUCUGGGUGCCACUCAUCCUCCUGCUGCUCUCCGCCUUCUUCUCCCAUUUGGGCAUCCGCAUGCUGCCCUGGAUCCUUAUUGGCGAAGUAUUUCCGGCUGAAAUACGCAAUACGGCGUCGGGUUUUGCCGGUGGUGUGGGCUACAUAUUUGGCUUCCUGGCCAACAAGCUUUUCCUGGUGAUGCUAAGUGCCUUGACUCUGCCCGGAACCUUUGCCUUCUAUGCCACUGUGGCCUUCGUGGGAACCAUUGUGCUGUACUUCACGCUUCCGGAGACAGAGGGUCGCACUCUGGGCGAAAUCGAAGCUCACUUCUCCAAGAAAUCCGACAUGAAUUUGCUUCGCAAGCAGCCCAGCAAGAAGUUGCCCAGCAGGGAUGAUGCACAGCAUCCCGGCAGUGCCAUCAAUGUCCAGGGCAGCUUCCAUGUACCCAUCACCUCGCAGCAGCAGGCCAAGAUCAUCCACUUGCAGCAGAGUGACUUUGCGCCCCGUCCCCAAAACGGACGGGCAGCCGGAGUGGGGAUGUCCAACCCGGCCUUCGAGGAGAGCAACACCACACAUUUGUGAGUGGCUGUGUCAUCAUCUAAACAUCCUCUCCAAGUGCUUAACAUUCCAGUGAUAUUUCUGAGAAAUAAACUUAACUAUUUAGAUUUAUGUA